GGUGGGACAGGCGGGGAGAUCAGUGGGAGUUUGCUGUGUAAUGGCGGCCUCGGUGUUGCUCUCUGCGGAAAGCACCGUGCCCGCUUUCGCUGUCGGUAAUCCCGGUGCGGCCGGGGCCGCCGCUAACGGACUAUCCGUGCCGGGACCCGCGUCCUGGAACCGGUCUCUGGACCGAGCUUUGGAGGAGGCCGCGGCCACCGGCAGCCUGAAUCUCAGCGGCAGGAAGCUGAAGGAGUUUCCGCGGAGCGCCGCCAACCACGAUCUGACCGACACCACCCGGGCCGACCUGUCCCGGAACAGGCUGUCGGAGCUGCCAGUGGAGGCCUGCAUGUUUGUGUCGCUGGAGAAUCUGAACUUGUACCAGAACUGCCUACGCUCGCUACCUGAAAGCUUGAUCAAUCUACAGGCCCUUACGUACCUGAAUAUCAGUCGGAACCAGCUGUCCACCCUGCCCGCUCAUGUGUGCAGUCUGCCUCUGAAAGUGCUGAUUGCCUGCAACAACAAAUUAGUGUCCUUGCCCGAAGAGCUCGGCCAACUCCGUCAGCUCACUGAACUGGACGUGAGCUGUAAUGAGAUCCAGACUCUGCCUUCCCAGGUCGGCCAGCUCGAAACUCUGCGGGAUCUGAACAUCCGCCGAAACCACCUUGUUCGCCUGCCUCCUGAAUUGGCUGAGCUGCCACUGGUGCGCUUAGAUUUCUCCUGUAACAAGGUGACAUCAAUCCCAGUAUGCUACCGCAACCUACGGCACCUCCAGAGCAUCGUGCUGGACAACAAUCCUCUCCAGAGCCCUCCUGCACAGAUCUGUAUCAAGGGGAAGAUCCACAUAUUCAAGUAUCUGAACAUGGAGGCCUGCAAAAUAGCUCCAGACCUCCCUGACUAUGACAGACGACCGCUUGGCUUCGGAUCUUGUGUGGACGAGCUGUAUCCAGGCCGGCCGUACGGAGCUCUGGACUCUGGGUUUAACAGUGUGGACAGUGGAGACAAGAGAUGGUCUGGCAAUGAGCCCUCUGAUGAGCUGUCGGACCUGCCGCUGAGAGUGGCAGAAAUAACCAAAGAACAAAGACAAAGGAGAGAGAGGGAACGGGACGAGCACAGGCCAGGCUCGCUCCUGGCCAAUGGAACAUUGGAGACAGAGCUUGAGCAGAUAGACUUUAUUGACAGCUGCACAGGAGAGGAAGAUGAGGAGGAUGGAAGAAGUCGAGGAGGGGAGCCAGUCAGCCUUAGCUCCCAGUUUAUGGCAUAUAUUGAAAGACGAAUAACCAGAGAGGGUUCGCCAGUUAAGGCCAGCUACUCCAGAGACGGUAGAACUGAUGAUUCCAGACGCCAGGGGUCCUUACACAAUCGUGCAACAGACACAGCCGGCACUCUGUCCUCCCCAACUCAUAAUCAGCGGCAGAUAUCGGGCUCUGGCUUGGGGUUGGAGCGCAUGCGGAGAGAAGCCCAGCUCGCAGCUCAGCGGUACGAGGAGGAAAGACAGAAAGCGAGAACAGCACAGAGAGACGCUGUUAGGAGUUAUGUGAAGCAUAAAUCAACUCAGAGUCCCACUAAACUCAGCCCUACAGACAGUGAGACCCUGUACCCCUCCAGACGCUCCACCCAUACAGAUGACUCCGCCCUCUUUAUGAGUGAGUUCGAGCCCUUAAUGGUGUUUGAAAUAGACAUAGACACCAACACUAUAAAGAAGAGGCCAGGCCCUCCUAAGCAGUCAGUCACUGGUAACCCAGUGGAUGGGUGUGUGUCUCCCACCGCAGACACUGGCACCUCUUGCAACUCACUGCAGCAAGGAGAAGAACGUGCCUCGCUCUCCCCAACAGCCCUCCAGUCACCUACUUACCCCAGCCCUGCUGCCCCAUCUGCCUGCCGCGGAGCCAACCAGCGUCCUGAGAGCUUUCUCUUCCGCCUCAGCCAAAGAGAGGACAAAAAGAGAGGAGAAUCAAGGCCUGAAGAAGCGACUCCUACACCAUCUCCAGUUUCGGGUCCCACAGGAGAAGAAGCUGAAAUGGUGGAGCAUCUGAGAAAGAACAUUGAGUCUCGGUUGAAAGUGUCCUUGCCCAGUGACCUCGGGGCUGCCUUGACGGACGGGGUUGUGCUGUGUCACCUGGCUAAUCACGUCCGGCCUCGAUCAGUACCCAGCAUCCACGUGCCCUCACCUGCAGUGCCCAAACUGACGAUGGCCAAGUGUCGGAGGAAUGUGGAGAAUUUUCUGGAGGCGUGUCGCAGAAUUGGGGUCCCUCAGUCCCAGCUGUGUCUGCCCCUCCACAUCCUGGAGGAGAGGGGUCUGCCUCAGGUGGCCGGGACGGUGCAAGCUCUUCUGGAUCUGGCCCCACCGAAACACACACCCUCACCCAGCACAGCCCCAGCCAACCCCAUCACUGCCUGAACCCUCGCCAUUUAGGACCUCCACACACAGACAGACACACACAUAUACAUACACACAUAUAUACAUACACCCACACACACAGACUCUCAGAUCUGUUCCCGUGUUUUAUUGGAGAGCUGUAGAGACCUCUACACCCCAUCACUGGACCACUGGACCACUGGUCCGCUGGUCACCUCCCACCUGCUCUGACCACACACACACACACAGCACCGGCUGACCCUCACAGCUAACCAGCUAACGGAGGAAGAGGAACAGGAAGAAGAAGUGUGAAAAAAAGACUGUGGAAACAAAAGAGGAGUGGAAAGUCGCUGAUGUCCGAUUGCUGCACACACUCAGAACCAGCAAGCGUGAGAUUCACUAGAUAGAGAGAUUAUUCAUUUUCUUUUUGUCUUUCCUUUUUUUUUCCAGCUGUAAGUUGUCUAUUACAUCAUAAUUAUUAUUAUUAUUAUUAUUAUUAUUAUGAUGGUUAUCUCUCUAAGCGAUUCUUUUGUUUUUGCACCAUAUGAUUAUUAUUAUUAUUAUUAGAAUAUAACAUUAUUAUAUAAUUAUUAUUAUUAUUGAUCAUGACUGGGGCAUGUCAGAUAUUAUUAAUCAGGGUGAGUAUUGAAGUUAAUGCGAUUGUCAUCUGCCUUUUUUUCCACUGCAGGACCGAAAAGUUCUAAGCUCCCAUGAUGGCAACAGUUCACGUAAUACUAACAAGCAAAUUUAGCUAGCUAACUGUACUUUGGGUCACAUCACCGAUCCAUGGGAAGCCUUAAUAAUCUAUGGAUCUGUUAAUAGACAAGAAUGAGGUCCAUAGUUGGUGUGCUGGCAAUGGGGACGAGGCCUGUAGCCAGUUUUCUUACUUGCUAACACCACAGUUGCAAAUUGGGACUAGGCCCUAAGCCUGUGUGCUAAUGUUGCAAUAGUGAUGUGGGACAAGACUGGAGUGAUAUGGGACAAGGCCCAUAGUCAGUGUGCUAACGUCACCAUAGCGAUGCUGGAUUAGCCUUGUAGUGAUGUGGGACCAGGGCCAGUGUGCUAAAGCUGUAAAAGCAAUGUUGGGCAGGGACGCUAGUGAUGUGGGAUUUGGCCCAUAGCCAACAUGCUAACACCACAGUUGCAAUUUGGGACUAGGCCCAAAGCCUGUGUGCUAAUGGUGCAAUAGUGAUGUGGAAAAGACUGGUAGUGAUAUGGGACCCCCAUAGACAGUGUGCUAAUGUCACUGUAGCAAUGCUAGGAUGGAUGUGCUAUAGCUGUAGAAGCAAUGUUGGACAGUGCCGUUAGGGAUGUGGGAUGUGGCCCAUAGCCAGCAUGCUAACACCACAGUUGAAAUUUGGGACUUGGCCCAAAGCCUGUGUGCUAAAUUUGCAAUAGUGAUGUGAGACAAGGCCAAAAGUCACUGUGCUAAUGUCACCAUAGCGAUGCUGGAUUAGUCUUGUAGUGAUAUGGGACCAGGGCCAGUGUGCUAAAGCUAUAGAAGUAAUGUUGUACAGGGCCGCUAGUGAUGUGGGAUGUGGCCCAUAGCCAACAUGCUAACACCACAGUUGUAAUUUGGGACUAGGCCUAAAAACUGUGUGCUAACAUCACUGUAGCAAUGCUAGGGCCAGGGUGCUAAAGCUGUAAAAGCAAUUUUGGACAGGGUCGGUAACAAGGUGGAAUGUGGUCCAUAGCCAACAUGCUAACACCACAGUAGCAAUAUGGGACUAGGCCUUUUGCCAAUGUUCUAGUGUUGUGAUAGUGAUGUGGGGCUGGUCUGUAGAAGGCAUGCUAACGAUGUAGUAGUUAUAUGUAAUGAGGCCUGUAGGCGGUGUGCUAAAGUUUCAAUAGAGAUGUGGGACGAGACCAACAGACUGUGUGCUAACGAUAAGAACUGAUAUGGGUUGAGGCUGGUAGCCAGUAUCCUAAUGCCACUGUAGAAAUGUGCAACAAGCCCCAAAGAGAGUGUGCUAACACUGCUGUAGUGAUGCUGGAUGAACUUAGUAGUGAUGUUGGACUGGGACUGGUGUGCUAAAGCUGUAGUGGCAAUGCUGGCAGGGUCGGUAAAAAAGUGGGAUAAGGCCCAUAGUCAACAUGCUAACAGUGUAGGAGUGAUAUUGGACGAGGCCUAUUGCAACCAUACUAUUGCCACUGUAGCUUUAUGGGAUGGGGUAGCCAGUGUGAAAACUUGCAGUCAAGAAUUUCUUCAGUGAGUCAUCCUGUUUAAAGUGCCAACACCAUUGGCUGACGGCUGCAUGACUGGUCUAACUGAUCCAUAUAGGCACGAAACGAAGCGCUACUACACGCCGUGCCCUUACUGACCUGUAGUCCUGCAGUGGAAAAGAGUCAAUAGAGUGACACAGAUCAACACUAUCUCCUCCACUAUCAUAGAAGAUGGAUAGAUAGUGCUGCACUGGGUCAAAAAAGAUGGUUAAUAUAAAAUACACUAAUUUUAGGCAUUAGAAUAAUGUAAGCUGCACCUCUAUAGUAGGACAGUGAUCCUCGUUUUAAAGGUAAACAUGUUAAUGUUGCACAAGACAUUGAUCAGAAAUGAUGUACGUAUAUAUAAAUAUAUAUUUUGACACAGGGGGGUGCUGUCUCGCUGUAUCUUCAAGCUGCAUGGACACUUCAUUAAAUUACACUUACAGUAGAGCCCUGCUGGUUUAGCGCAACUUAUAACUUAGUUGAUAGCUGAAACGCAGGCGGUUUAUUUUAGUAUGUUAAAGUGAUACAGCGACGCACUAUUACUGGGGUUGGAGACGUGAACACUGUUAAAGAUUGAAACACUUAUUUACAGCCUUGUUUUGCAGUUGCUGGUCUUAGGGUCUCUAAGGCUAUUCAUACACAUUCACACAGCAGGUAAAAGUGGCCUGAGUUCGGUUUUCUCACUAAUUCUGAUGUUUGUUUUGUUAAUAGUCUGUUUACACUACUUUUUUAAUCUGACAUUUGUCUGAAGUGUGCACUGUAUUAAUGACGUGCAUACACACAAACAGGCUAAGGUCUAUGGCUCAAGGUCUGUGGCUAUUGGCUAUUGGCUAUUUCUAUGGGCUUUGGCUAAGGCUAUUGGCCCUAUUCACACAACAUUUUUAAAAAGUGCAUAUUCGGCCACAGGAACUGUUAUUUUGCGUUCUUAAUUAUUUAAGCUGAGGUUUGAGCUGUGGCCACAUUCAAACAUUUCGUCAGCAACAAAGCGCUGUUGUGACUGAAGCCAACUUAUUUUAUUGGAACAAAGACAUCAGUCCAAAUAUUUCAGAGGUCUGUUGCCUUGUUAUUUCGCCACUAAAACCCUCAAUUACACAUCGUCCAGUUUCCUUUCUCCUCAGUACCUUUUUUUUCCCCCUCUAUCUCUGUGAUGUCCUAUGUUUUAGUAAAAACGCUAUUUGAUAUUUGACCUCAUAUCAAUAAUGUAUUUUUAACAAAAGCGAUAUGAUAUUUUGGCCCACCUCUGUUCACAUUACCUUUUUAAUCUGACUUUUUUUUUUAAACCAUUUUCUACCCAGUUUACAUGGUCAGUUACACAAACCACUCAUUAGGACUCUCCCUAUCAUUAGUGACACCAAGACGAGGAGGGUAAAGACUAGGUAGCACAUGCCUCUUCCGAUACAUGUUAAGUCCGCCACCGUGAACAAAACUGAUAUAAUAUAUUUUGGUCCACCUCUAAUUCAAAUUUAAAGGAGAACUCCGGUGUAAAAUUGACUCUGGGUGUAGUAAAACAUGCUAGAGUACUAAUCUUUGUUGAAUAUCCCACCUCUGUUCUCCCACAGCUUUCCGAGAUCUGGUCAUUUUUUACAGGUUGUCAAAACAUGCUUUACAAUGGAUGAUAUGUAAGCAAAGUAGCUCCACACCUUAUUGGUAGGAUUAAUUAGUUAAUUAAAAAACACUGAUUGCAACCCAAAGCGUAAGGUAAA